AGCGGCCUAGCUCAGAAGUGCCCCGUUUGUUUACGCAAAGAAGCCAAAGUAACUCUGGUCAUAUGUCUCUCUUCCUCUUUGCCUUUCUUCAGUUUGACAGCGAGAAAGUUUGGCGGCAGUGAGUCAUCCCGCAAUAUCGACAAUCUUCUCCACUUGCCUGGAGAGAUCAACAGUUUUGAGGCAGAGAGUGUGUGGUUUCGCUGGCGUGUCUUUUCGGAUCCUUUUGUGAUCGCGGUUAACAAGGGGUCUCUUCGAGAUAUGGCGCCCCUAGGGGUGGGUAAGGAGGUGGAGUUCAAGCAGAAGUCUGGAACGGCUUGGAGCCAUGCUUUCCUAAACCAGAAAUCUUGGCAUCCUUUGUCCUACCCGAAUCAGAAACGCCUGUGGAUCGCGCAACAGGUGCAUGCAGUCGAUCUAAAAAAGAAGGAGGAGGUUGCUCGUGAGUUUGCUCAAGAGCAGGAGUUCUUCCGACAAACAGCGGUGCUCUCCGGGAAAGAAAAAAAGAAGCUGGAAGACCUCCAGGCUGUAGGCUUUCUUUAUGCCCGACCACCGGGGUACAACGCAGAGAGUGCGCAUGCCGCAAAGGUGGAGGAGGAGAGGAAGAAGGAGAUGAAGGAGAUGCUGGCCGUCAAAGGCAUAGAGCAAUGUUCAGGCAAAGUUGGAGAAGCGGAUUCUAAGGGAGCCAAUUUAUUGGAUGGGGGGAAAGAGGAGAAAGACGGUGCCAUGGAAAAGAAGCCGCGACGUGUGAGAGAUGUUUUUGGGAGAACGAUCCCCACCGAGGAGGAGUUUAGUGUCUUGAAAGGUGCACCCCGGAUGGAGACCGGGGUCACCGGAAGGGCGAAGCCGUUCGCAAUCGAGGUGAGAAAUGUGAAGUGCGCACGGUGUGGAUCUUAUGGCCACCAAAGUGGCGACAGAGAGUGUUCCCUCAGAGGCAUGAUGGGUCCAUCAGAGAUUGCUCGUCAGGCUCGUGAAGACCCUCUGACACUGAUGCAAGCGCAGAUCGAACUGGAAGAGCCAACGGCGAAGUGGGAACUAAAGCAGCGACCUGGAGCAUGCAGUCCCACACGGGGAGGUUUCAAGCCAGAUGAUCCGAACCAGCAGUUUGUGCCACCUGAUGUGUUCGAUGAAUAUGGGGGUUUCUUGAGCGAUGGAGCUCAAGAUGACGAAAAUGGUUUUCGUCUGGGUCUACCCGGUAGUGUGGUGAUGGCCUCGGUACUGCAAACUCAGAGAGAGGAGAUGAAGCAUGACAUGAAGGCAGAGAGAAGAAAGGAGAGAAGGGAGAGAAAGCGGAGGAAGCAUGAAGAAAGGAAAGCGAGGGCAGAGAAGAAAAGGAGAAAGCAAGAGAGGAAGAGAAAGAGAGAGGAGGAGGAAGAGAAGGAAGUGUAUUCGAAAGAAACGGCGAAGAGAUGUCGUGUUGAGAGGCAAGAUAACAGAUGCGAAGUUGAUCGAGCUCGUGCAGGGCGCGAAGCUGGCCCUCUCGCACACAGUGAUGAGACUGAUUGCAGGUCUGUCAGCAGUGACACGAGUGAAACAGACGAGGACUCGACUUCCAUUGAUGGUCGCAAGUCGAAGGAUCGCUGUAAGAGCAACAGGAAAAGUGAGAGAACUACAAGCAGAGAUCACACCCACAAGAAGAGCAGUGGACGCCACAACUCUAGGAAUGAAGAAUUGGCCGACAAAAAGGGGGAUCAUGGUCACAAGGCUCAUUCCCAUAAGGACCGAAAGCGAGAGAAAAGCUGCAGAGGACACAGACACAAGGCCAGGAGGAGGUCGGCUUCCAGCGAUGACUCAACCUCAGAUUGCAGCCCUGCACUCAAGGAUUGCCGUGGCAACGGAGAGAAACCUGUCGUGCCUGGGAGAGGGAGGAUGUCAUCUUCUAGCCGUGACAACGGUGAAGAGUUAGGGUUAUCUGAUGAAGACCACAAGUCGCAUGCUUGUCAUGGUGGCAAAGAGAGGAGAGGGGCUAGGGGCAUCAGCCGAAGAGACCGUUGUCAUGAGAGCAGACGAUGAGGGUCCUGCAAUGAGGACGACAAGUACGGAGGUCUCUGGGACAGCAAAGAAAGAAGCACGCAGAAUAGUGGCAGGAGAAAUGACUGAUGCAUGCAGGCGAUACUCCUCGAGCGACAAUAGACCUUGUGCUUCUUGUCAUAGUGAAGUCUGCGGCGAUGGGACAGCAGGAGGGAGGGAGGGAUAGACACAUCAAAAAAAGAAACUCUAAGACCAUGAUGAGAGGAAUCAUUGAUGUGAUUAUGGCUUGGCUAGGCUGGGCUUUGAUGGGCUUGGCUUCUCAAAAUGACAAUCAUGACGUCAAGGGAUGACAGCCACAGCAGCGAAGGCGAGUGACAAGAGUCCAAAAGGGAAAUCAAAUCGCUUUAUCAAAAUGAUGAUCAUGACGUCAAGGGACGACAGCUACAGCAGCAAAGGCGAGUGAGAGAGUCCAAAAGGGAAAUCAAAUCACACGAGCAAA